AUGACAACCCCAAUCCAGACUGCCCCGGACAACCAUUGGACCAUCAGUACCUCGACAGGUCGACGGGUAUCCCUUCUCUGUGACGAGGAGAUUAAAAGUGUAUACGAGUAUGCCUCAUCUUCAGCAUCUUCACCAACGCCGCCAUUGUCCCCAGCAUUUGGCAGGCCGUAUGCUACCCGCCAUGAUUCCAUUGAAUCAAACUCCUCCACGACUUCUUUGCCAUUAUAUUCACCCCGUACACCUCCAAAUAUCGGUCUUCCACCCUUGAAGUUCAUGUCCGGUGAAGCUGGGCCAAUGUUUCCCGGAUCUUCCCCUAUAAACUCGUCUCCACAUUUAGUUACCUCGAUCCUAAGUCAUCAAGCUCUCGAGCCGGAGCAGCUAUCGCCAAGGACCCUUACCCGCACCCCCGCCAGCUCCGUGCCUCCAUCUCCAAAAUCCGGCGCCCCGAAUCCAGUCGUUAAGAGGAGUGCUCGGCGGUACACAUGCCAGUGCGGAAAAUCGUUUACAACUUCUGGUCAUUUGGCGCGACACACCCGAAUUCACACUGGGGAGAAGAACUACGUCUGCCCAGAGGAAGGUUGUGGGGCCAGAUUCAGCAGACAGGAUAAUUGUAUGCAGCACUUCAGAACCCACCAGAGCGGGUCAGCCACCAAGCGGGCGGCGAGGAAGAGGAGAAUGUCGGCCGAAGAUGUUGUGCUCCAAGAACAGCGAGCGGAGACCGCCGCUGCCAGACCUGAGUUGCACCCCCGGAUGCACACAUAUCACUCGCAGACGCACCCGGUAUCGUACACACACUAUUCAGAUUCGUUCGGCGGUGAGAGUGGCUUGAAUGCGCUGGCGAGUGUGGCGAGCGCGACCAGUUCGGGUUACGCUUAA